ACUUGAUAAAACUUGUUACAGCGCAGCAGACGGUGCAUCCAACCCUUUUACCCCACCCUAAACCCCUCCCUCACUCCCUCCCUCCUUCCUCCCUCCCUCCUUCCUUCCCUCACGCGGAGAUGAGAAGUUUGCCUGCGGCGCAGUCCACUGAACAUUUACUGUAUUUCAUUUGGGGAACAGCAACAAGAGCCUGCGGAGAAGCUUUCCAGGGAAUGCUGAGGAAUAUCCGCCUGCACAGAAAGUACCACUCACAGCUGACUUCUUUCUCCUUUUUCAAUAAAAUCCCGUUCAGUCAUCAUUGAUGUCGCCAAACUAGUGGGAAGCUCGGGUCAGUAGGACAGCGGCCGCACGCGGACUGUUGUCUUUCGCGAGGGGUUUUUAAAAAAUUCGGGGUCCUGGAGAAGAAGGACGGAGCCACACAGAAGCGAAAGACGAAAGAAGAAGAGGAGGAAAAAGAAGACAGUCCACGCGAAGGUGAAAAGAGAGCCCGACUCAGAAUGAAUAACAACAAAAUCGAGAAGGAAAACGAGCAGAGUGAAUUCACCAACCACGAAGAGGAGGUAUGUAUCCUCGCGCGAGCACCUAUACCUGCAAUUUGAAUUUUAACAGGUCGUUGUGUGACGCAUAACGGCAUCUCAAUACAGCAUUUUGUGUAGUCACCGUGCCGGUAACACGCAGUUUUAGGGACAUUUACCGACUUUUUUGCGUCUGAAUGUGACAUAUUCGACGUGUAAUGACUUUCUUUGGUAGCUUUUGUGCAGUUCUCAGGUUGUUGAAGUCUUCUUAUCGAAGUCUUGUUGCUAUAUGAGUCUACUAUUGUUCAACUUUCUUUCAUUAGCUGGUUGUCUUUCACUAAGUUGUGCACCUGUCAUGUACCUUUCUUUCUCCUAAUUUUCUACCCUCCCUCAUAGACUCCCAUUGCUUUAAAAGUUCUCACUAGCUUGAUCCUUUUUUUUCUGAAGUUAAAGCUCUUGUGAUGGAUGAGUCACAAAGUAUGUAACUUUAAGCUACUGAAAGAGUGUUUUUACAUUUUUCAAAGCAAAAAAUCACAAUUGGAGAUUCGUUUGACAAUACUUUAACUGUGUAAAAACAUGACAUAAGCCCCUUUUAUACUCCUCUGUCAUUGGUCUGUGUAGCUCUGCAUCUACAGAAACCUACAUACAUAGCCUGAUGUGCAUCACCUCAAAAAUGUACCUGCCUUUUCAAAAACCACAAUCUGUUAGCGCUGCGAUUGGUCCACUUGGCGUCAGACAUUUCCGGUAUCGCCUUCACGGAUGCAGCAAACUUAAAUUCUGCCUUCUCUCUUGACACGCCCUCUCUUUUUUUGUUUGCAAAAGUACCUACCUCUCAGCAAUAACUGGCUUCAACUCCAACAUAAGCUCGGAUUUAGUUGCCAUGGUUUCUUGUACGCAAACUAGAGAACGACAUAAUCUGUGAUUAGCAAAAAUCACAACGCCUACUAGUUUUGCAGUGCGACACUGUAUGCAAUACUCACAAUGAUGUCAGCCACUAUGGCGUAGAGUCAGCGCAGAAGUAUAAACCAGGCUUUAUACCUGUAUCGGACAAAAUCAGCAAAUUACCAUUAUGUCCACAGGGGGCGCCUAAGUCGCCACGCACUGAAAGUUCCUCACAGGAGCUUUAAAAAACUCACAGUAAGGGAACAAAAAGAAAACAGGAAAAUACUUUAAUAUUGAUUAAUGAGUCUUUCUGUCAGAUAACAAGUUACUUUCCAGCAGUAACAACUUAAGUGUUGUUAGUUCUUGCUUACUGUACCAUAAAACCAAACUUCACACAAGACCUAAAACCACUGCUUAAGGGAUUUCUAAGCCAGGGGUUGAAUUAGUGUUCAAAUAUCUGCUGCUGCAACAUGAAGGCAAUAACUCUUUGUAGCAGAGACCCACUGCAUUACACUCAAGCAAGUCUCCUCUCUGUCGAAAUGACUUAAUUACGCCUUAACACACCAGAAUGAUGUUGUUUGUCUAGAAAAGUGAGGUAAUUCAUUACCCCUCUAACAUGCUGGAUAAUAGCCCAGCAUUUCCUCCUCUCUUCUUCACUGUAAACAUUGCACAAUCAGAGAUCCAUAACAUCUCCCUCUUAGAUUUUCUCUCUUUUUUCUUUCUUUUUUCUUUUUGCGUGAGGUGAUUUUCUUUGGCGUGGAAACAUCUCUAUGCAAAGGACAGAUUUGUUAUUUCAGAGCUCCACACAUCCGCGACCGAGUGAUGUAAGAAAGGUAUAUCAGAUUAUAUCGCAUAUUUCUCUUGGAGCAAUUUGAUUAAGGCUCGGUGUUGUGUUCGUCAGUUUGUAACUGAAUAGCCAAACGCUGGACUGAUGUAACACCAUAUUUGGUCCACUGCUGCUGAGGCUGGAUGGAGAGAGUGAGUGAGUGAAUGAAUGAGUGAGUGUACUGUGCAGAGGAAAACUGACUUCUUGGGAACCUGAUAGACAGUUUUGGUUUGGGUGUGUGUACUUAACGCCUUGUUUUGGAAGAGUAGCAGCAGGAAAUGUUGCUUUGUUUUAAUAUGAAGUCACACAAACGGAUAAAAGCAGCAAAUCUUCACAUCUUGAGAACACGGAAGAGGAAAUUUAGCAAUUUUUUCAGCCUUAAGAGAAACAUUUUGCGAAACAAGCAGUUUUUACACCCUUCUUAGCAUUGUAGUUGGAAACUUAUCUCUUUACCAUCGAACAAAACAAGGAAGUUAUUUGACUUAUUUCUUAGCUUUGCACAUUAGUCAUGAUUAUAUCCAACAGCUUAGUUUUAAAGUCACUACAAUUAAAAGAUAAGGCAAAAAAAACGACCUCUAUUUUGAUUGCUAUUGAUUAUACAGGGAAUCAAAACAAAAUUAUGGGAUUUUACUUCCAUAAAUGUGCAGAUUUGCUGCUUUUUCUUUGUUUUACAUGACACAUCAUAAAUUUUUUCGGUCAUCAAAUAAAAUGAGCAAUGUGUACUAUGAACAAAGCUGUGACGGCUCGGUACAGUUGAACAAGCAGAUUUGUCGUCAUAAUCAGUCCAGAAUUAUAGAUAAUCGUCAUAAAUUACAGCGCUACUUUAUUUAAUAAAUAAAUGCGUAAACCAAAUUUAUGUUUGAUAUCAGUUGUGGUCAUAGACAGCGUGAUCAGACGAGAGGAAUGUUUUUUUUUUUUGGUUUUGUGUAAAAAGCAGACAGAGACGGAGAAAGAGUAAUGGCUGGAGGAUUCUUAAUGGUUGUAGAAACGUUUGGAAGCCACCCAGACUGGCAGGGAUGUAAAUUUACUCUGGUGAAUUAAUGUAAUGUUAGAGAGCACCACUUUGUCUUUUGUGUAAUGAUGUGUGUAAAGAGGCAAGACAUCCACACUGGUGUAUACAAAAGGCGUUUCUGCAGGCAGGUGUGUAUUCACUGACUUAAGAGUAAUGUCAUAAAUUUUGAGUAUGGCUCGUACUUUUUCCACAUGAUUCAUUAAGGUUAGAGUUUUAGAGAAAAUAAGUAGAAUACAAACUACCUCAUCAUUCAGUUUCAACUUUUUCUUUCAGGUCUUCCCGCACCACAUUUUCUGUCUGAGUCUUUCAUGCAGAAAGAUUCAUGAUUAUCACGGUAGCUGUUACAGUAAAACGCUAAACAGCACUAAACUAACCAUAAACGAUGACCUUAUGAGAGCCAAAGUUUAACAACCUCUGGUAUGACUCUCACAUGCCGAGCAGCAGCCCCCCCCCCUUGCCUCCUCCCCUCCUCCUCUUCCUCCUCCUCCUCCUCCUCCUCCUCCUCUUCUUUCUGCACAGUGUAGUAUGUGACUCAAUGGAUCACUGAUUCGCACCAGUAAAGCGGCGUAGCGAGCUCUUGCUUUGCUUCAUUGCUCGACCUUCAUCACUGUAAACCAAAGCUCGCCGAUGCUUAAUGUAAACCAAAGCUUACCAAACAUGGUGCUGUCUCAGGCGAGGUAUGCAGGUUGAAACCCCCCUCCUCCCCUUCCUCUCAUGGCAGCAUCUAAUCUAGCAGGCUGGUUUUGAUAAGCUUCAUUAUCAGGUGUUCUGGAGGCUCUCACAUGCUGUGGCACUCAGCGGCCGCUGAUGUAGCAGAGGUGACAGACUGACUCUUGUGUGCUGGAUGUUUAAGAUAUGCUUUGAGCAGCUGUGGUUUCCACGCCUUACAUGGACAAAAGACCUGCAGGGGGGCUUUAAGUAGGUUUGAUUUCUACAGGAAAAAAAAAAAACGUGAUCUGCGGAGGCUUUACUUUAAACAGUACAGUUGCACAUGUUUGUGUGAACUUUUUGAUGCAUAUUCAUGCUGACGGAGGUGAGGUGACAAACUCCAGACAUGUUUGUGUUAUCAGGAAGGUAACAUAUUUUGACAGUGCAUGCAGUGAAGGAACAGCUGACCAAAAAUUUAUUACAUCAAGAUUUUAUUUACUUACUUAAAGGCCAAACUGAUGCUUAGAUUAGAGGAUUUAACUGGAACAAAACAGGGUUUAAAUAUUUGGUUAAAAAAAGAAAACAUUGGCCUGUUUUAUGUAGUAGUGUAGGUGCUAGUGGCCUUCCAAUCUGUCAUUGGAAGAAAACAAAAUUAUAUCUGUAAGAGAAUGACAAUGGCCUUUUUAUUCAUAGGAUAUUAAACAUAAUCAUUAGAUAAAUCAAUACUGACCGCAUUCAUUAAGCAAAGCCCACAUUUUUAUCAUAUCUGAGUUAAUUUUUGCCUUUAUAACUGUAAACUUUACCAUUAGACAAAAAGGUUUUCUCGUUGUAGGAUCUAAAAAGAAAGACAAAAUUUUAGGGCCACAGUGAGGAAGAUGAAGAAACUAAAAUUUUUCAAGAGCAAAGUUGUGCAAAAAAGUCAAAUUUACAACAACAAAAUCUUACAUCGCUGAAAAAAAACUCAUUUCCCUUGUAAAAAUGCAAAACCAAAGUUGAUAAAAUAUAUGAGAAUGAAGUCAGAAACAGGAUAAAGCAUAAACUGAAGUUAUUAUAGUUUUAAAAAAGUCAUAUAUUGAUAUGAAUUUGUAAGAAUAAACUGAUAAGAGAUAAAAGUCUUAAAUUCAGAAAAUUUAGUUGAUUAAAACACUCAUGAAAUUUAAUUGAUCAUUGAAAUAUAAGAAUAAAGUUGAUAAAAGAGUUGUAUUAUCAUUUGAAUAGAGUCAUGUAUCAAAACAGUCUUAAGUUAAUGAAAAUCAAUUAACUGUUGAGAUUAAAAAGACUGAAACUCAUAUUGAUGCCUUUUUUAUCACACUGAAGCAAACAACAUUAGGGACAAGAUUGAAGAUUGAAGAUUCUGUAAUUUUAAAUGCCUGAAAGGGAUGUGAGAAGGGGAUGGAGUCAGCUGAGCAGCUGAGGAAACAGCCCAGACUUUACAUUUAUACACAGAAUAUUCAUUACACAUGACAUAUUCGACUGUCCAAAGUCAGCAGGAUGAGAUUCUUGGAAUAGUUCCUGAAUGUAGAUGACAGAGAGGCAAUGAAAUAAAUCAAUACUUAAAUUUCGACGUAGGAGCUUUAAGUUUACAAUAAUCAAGUGGAAAAAAGUUCCAAAUAAAAAAAAUUGACAAAAAAAUAAAGAAUUUACAAAAUAAGUCACAACAGUUUUAAUUUUGUGACCUAAAUUUCUCAAAUUCAUGACAUUAUACACUUCAACUUGACAAGUUUAUACUUACAAAUUUGGAAUCAUUUUUGUUGUCCUUAAAUUUUCCCUUUUCAUACAUUGAACCAUGCAUGGAAUUGACAGAAUAAGCAGCAACUAUAUGAGAGUGUAUGCUUGAAGUUUGACAAAAUCUCAGAUUAAUAAAAAUUAUAAUAUAAUGAUUUUUCAGAUGGUUGUUUUGGGUUAAUAGAUGAGGCAGAGAUGCGAGGCACUGACAGAGGAGAGGGAGGGGUGAGAACAGGCAGUGCAGGUUGUGAGUACAUGGAAUGCAUCAUAGCUAACCAAGUCAGCCGACCAAGCUUGACCUUUGACCUCUUUGCUGUCAAUUUCCCACAAGCUAACCUGUGUUUACUUAAGUGGAGACCUGUGCAGCCUCCUCUACCUCGGAGGUCUACCUUCGAACUACACCUUGUUUUUGACAAAUGAGUGAGCAGAAAGCACCUGCGCUUUUAUUGUUUUAUACUUCGUCUUCAAUUUGAAAUCGUAGUCAUUGUCGUCGUAGCUACUGUAAAUCUGUCCGUCUUGUACAGCUAGGCAGGAGUUUGAACCUCGUAAAACAUCUGUUGAUUCUAGCUCUCGGCCGUUCAUAAACAUGUAAGUGGAUCUUUACAAGUGCCCGAAGAGAAACAGAAUAUCACUCGAGCAGAGUUCAGCAAAUGCGCCGUGUCUCCCUGGGGUGUAAUUGGACUGUGCUUGGCCGGCUUUGGGUAUCCACCGGGUUCCUCUUCAAAUAGCGGGUCAUGUGGCCGGCGUGACCUUUUCCGUGGGGAGACGUAGGUGGGGAGCGGUGUGGUGCUGCUGGAGAAGCACAGUGAAGCGGAGGGAGGCCAUGUCGGUCCGUAACACACUUGCUGUGGGCAUGUGUGUGGUCCGUGCUUUUGUGCAUGUAUCUAUGAAAAGGGCACGCAGAUGUAUUAACGCUCUGUGACAUGAAACGUUAACAGAGGGGAGCUCAGGGGGUAAAGUGGCCAUGAACAGGCUUAUAGAAGAGGCGAUUUACUGUAGAUUAAGACUUUGAGAUAUACACGGUGAAAAGCACGCACAACUAAAACCUAGCUGCUGCUUUCUGUCUGAUAGGUGGGAGUUUAUUUAUAAAAGCGCACAGGGAAUUGUCAUCUUAUCUUAGCCAUUUGUCAGCUGCGCGACAAGAGGUAUUUGAAAAGACAACAACAAGGCUUAGCGUCAGGAACGGCUGGCAAAGGAUCCUGAUGUGAGGAGAGAAAAAAAAACAAAGGAAUCAGAUAAGGAACUGUUCGAGAUAUUUGAAUAUAUAUUUAUAUCUUCAGCUAUAUAUAAACUAUAAAAACUGACCAGGAUUGAGGAGUGAAGUCUCUCAUAUGCUCUCCUUUAAAGGCCAUAGUUGUCAUCCUCCAGUUUGCUUUGUAAUUAAUGAUUCACUACACAAGCGGAAGAAGUGUGAGUUUGUGCCGAGACAGCAUCGGCCAUCUUGUCUUGCUUUGUCAUACUGUAUUUAUGUGUCACUUCCACUGAUUAUGCUUACUCACAAGCUAUAAUUAUCCACCUUAGUAUCUCCAAAAUGAGCCCCCUUUCUCUUUCUCCUUCAUAUUCAGCUCACUGUUCCUUACCCGUCUUCUCCUACUCCCUUUCUAUACACUUAUCUCCCUUCCUCUCCAUUUCCUCCUCCCUCUUGCUCUUUUUCUUCCCUCUUUAUCUUGUUCUUUAGCCGUUUCCUCCCUCUUUCCCUACGCCCUGGUACUGUUUAUGAUUUGCCACUCUUCUUCUACUCUUUCCUACCGCUCCCUCUUUCUUCAUCCGGCUCUCACUCACUCCCUUGCCCGUUUUCGUCCCAGUAGACGGACUUCUUAUCCCUUAUCACGCCAUACGUUGAAAGCAUGACCCUGAAAUCUUUGACAGAAGGGCCUUUUAUGGUCAUGGGAAGAGUCCUAAAGACAGAAGCGAGCCAGGCAGAACGGUAACCAGGGGGAACUUGGACAACUGAGUGCCCACAGCCUUUUUGGCUGGCCAGCGAGAGUUAGCCAUGCACGGCCAAACCACUCAAGACUGGCUUAAAAAGGUGGUUGAUAAGUUUUAAAAGCCUGUUAGUAAGCUCCUUUUGGAUUAGCCGAGUAAUAGCUUUAUUGUCUGUUGUUUGACUGGAAUUUUAUGCUUACCAGGAAAAGAAGAUUAGCUUUCUCUCUUGUCAAUCCAGAUCAUAGAAAAGUCCCCAUUGUAGUAAUCCAGAUUGUCUUCAUUCUGGUGUAGUGUGAUCAGUUCAACAUGGGAGAGAUUAGCUGAUGGCUUUUUAAAUUGAUGGAUUAAUCAGCAACUUUUAGUAUUAUUAAAAAAUAGUCUCACAAUCCCAAAGCUACUAGUUCUUUUGUUUGUGUAGAAUUCAAUCAAAAAAAGGAAAUACUUUAUCGUCUUUGCAUGCAAAAGGCAGAGGUAACAUAUGAACACAAGGAUUAAUGUGUGAAGUAAAGGGGUGGUCAUGCAAACUUGAAUCCUGACAUGAAGCAGGAUGAUCUUGACUCACCCUGCAGGGAUUCUAAUUUGCAUAACCACCCCCUUUCACUCUAUAUUCUCCUGCUCAUUCACGAUUCAGCUAAUGCAACACUUAAUAACGUUUCCUUAGCGACAGAUUCGUAUCAGUCUACUCGAGCUGAAAAUUAACAUGAAGCUAAACAUGUUAAUUCACAUUAAAUUCGAAACAUUAGCUUGCUAAUUGGUCGGAGGUAAUGUUCGACAAGGUGAGCAGGACUUGUGCAGGAAUAUUCAUGUUGACUUCUUUGUCAUUACUCCACUCCUGUCUCUGCCGUUGCCUGGAUUGCAGGACAGGAUUUCGCAUUAAAACAUGUCUACUUUGUGUUUAGCAAAAGUGGAGGUGAAAUGCUGUGAAAGUGUUGCCCUUUUUGUCGCUCUUUAUCACUGUUAUCAUGAGGUUUAAGCCAAUAGAUCACAGCUGGAUCAUAAACACGCUCUAAACACCACAUACGCUUAAUAAAAACCAGAUACAAGAGAAGUAACUCUAAGUAGGGAACCAGAUUCUUCAAAAGUAUGCAUUUUAUCUUCUUAUUGGGACUUAAAUUGUAUGAUUCACUCCUUUUUAAGUGUGUAGUCUUGCUUCAAACCUUAAACAAAUCUCUAAUUGAACUGUAUUUGAUGCUGAAAGUCAGUUUAUCUGUGGAUAAGUCAGUAAUACUUAAUGAUUCUAACAGGCAAAAUCACUGAAAGAAUUUGAAGUUUAAUUUAAAAGGUAUUACAAAUUAAGAUGUUAAGUUGAGCAUUAAGUGGAGUUAAAGAUAUGAAACAUGCGUCCCGAAGUGUCAAAGUUGAGAGUGAAUAAUCAUUAUUGGCAGUCCUAUAAAUGGGAACUUAAAGUGCCGUCACUUCGACUCACAAUGAGGAACAGCUGCAUAUAAUGGGAACAUAUUAGCAGAAGGCUUACGUUUCCUCGUGUAGACACAAAGCAUGACCGAGUAUCUGCUGUUGUUUUUGUCUCCACUUGCUCGGGACACUCUAACCCUCUGCCCACCCAACCCUCUAAACCAAACAGUGUAAGGUGUCCACUCGGGCAGGCGGCAACAAAAGGGAGUCCAGGAAAAGGCAGGGGAGGACUUGGCCGAUUAGUUCACGUUAAUGAGCGCUGAGGAAUGUUAAGUCCAUUCACCAGGAGUCAUCAGAUAAGAGAAAGGAAGAAGAGAGCAAGCUGCUAUGAGGGAUUUUGAUGAACUCUGAGCUGACAGCCAAGAAGUCGCUCUUUUCGACGACAUCUAAAUAACACCUUGAGGGUUUUUUUUUGUGACGUCUUUUCCAGUCUACGUUUCAAACAAUGGAAAGUGUUAAAGUGUGAGGAAGAAAAGAGCAAGAGCAGGGGGAAAAACACGGUGAAGUGGGCGCUUGCUUGCCUUUCCUAGGUCAUUUGUUUUAAAUGUCUUUUAAAGGUUAACCUGUUGGAACAUUUACAGGCCCUCACUGAGCCGUAAUUGUUGCUCAAAAGCACUUAUGGGACAAAGAGAGAGAGAGACAGAAAAACGAAGAAACUCCAAACAAAGUCGAGUCUCGAUGUUUGGAUUGUGCUCAACCUCAACAGCUGACCCUUGACCCGCACAAUGCCCCGUGCCUAACCCGUGACCUCUCACCUUGUACGUGAAACCGGACCCUUCAAAGUCUGGCGAUUAACAGACAAACGGAGUCAUCCAUUUAGGGUCGUUUGACACCUCUUGAGGCCCUGCAAUCUCUCACUCCUCACAUUCGCUGACACAGAAGAUGAAAAAAAAAAGAAAAAAAAAAACCUUGCGAGGAUGAUGGAGAGCGAUGCCAGCACUGAGCAGUGACAAGUCAGAUAGCAGAGGAGUGUGGGAGUCUGUCAGUUAGACUGUUUUUAAUAACGCAGCGCUCAACUGAUGCAAGAAAACUCAACUUGCCCUGAGCUCAUGCAGGCUUAUGGGUAGACUUUGAUUCUAGAUCGGGCACACUGAACCAAGACUUUAGAAGCAACUUGUGCAAUUAAAUAUUUCUUCUCAGCUAUUUCUGGUUUGGACUGUAUAAAACGAUGGACAGUGUGACUACUGCUAGAGUCAAAAGUGAAACCAAAAUCCACUUCUGGGGUGCAGGUGAUGAUAUUUAGUGUCAGAGUCUGUGCAAAAGGAUUUAGCUUGUGCAGCGGAAGUAUUAAUGUCUCACGCGACACGCUUACAGAGAUGCAGAUUUCACAUUAAUAAAGAACGAUAAAAAUCCCUCAGGUCAACACUUUUGUAGUUGUUCAUAUUUUCUGAUUUAAACAAUAUACUAAAGCCAAGAUACGAUGGUUUGCUAUUCAAUACAAGGACCAUAUUGGAUUAUUUGAACAUGCAAUAUGAUUCUGUGAGUAAUGAAUGAAUACUUUUAUUGAAACAUUUAAACACAUGCUUAAUAACUAUCCUUGUAUCUUGGAAAAUGCAAUUAGGGUAAGGUCAGGUUGUUGUUUUUUACCAGAACAAACUAUUCCAAACUCUGAUUUAAACAAAACUUUUAAUAUUACUGUCAGAUCAGUAUGUUGGGUGAUGAUCGUCACACACACAUUGAUUGAUCAUGACAUCCAUCCAUUUUCUGUGAUGGCCCCUCAAUCACCUUAGGAAAAUGACAGCUUUGAAGCUGCCUGUUAGGGUGUGGUAUGCUGUAUCUUAGGCUACGUUCACACUGCAGGUUAUGAUGCACAAUUCGGAUUUUUGUUAAAUCCGAUCUUUUUGUGCCGUUGCUCGCAUUACAACAACGAAUGCGGCAUCUAAUGUGAAUGGAAUGCGUCUGUAAAGUGACCCGCAUGCGCACAAAGCACAAAGUGCUUUGCAGGGUGAACAUAAGCUCAGUUCUAAACUUUGGAUCAUGGGUCAUUAUGGUCCCAUAUCUUCACAGAUAAAUCUAGCAAUGGAUGUCUUGAUAGCUUCAGCUGUUUGUGAGGGUCUGAGUAAUGUUGCUGGUGAUGCCUUAGACUUUAUCUUCUUUCCAAGUGUGGGGAUAUGCUGCUUUUCAUCAGGAGUUUUAGAUUUGAUCUACUUCGGGGUAGCUGGCUGUGCUGCUGCUGCAGAAUAUGCAUACUCGAUAAACAGCUACUGAUUUAUCAAGGACACCACCUGUUUUGCAAAGGCCAAACUGUGUUCACUCUGAAGGCUUCAAAUCAGACGGUUCCGCAAAACAUCCCGAACAGGAGAAUGAUCUUGAUACAUACCUUGGUUUUCUUCACUAUUAAAAGGGCUGAAAUAGGACUUCAUAGCCAACAUUUGUUCUGCGAAAUAUUUGAGUUUCCCAGUUUUAAAUUGACAUUGUUAUUAAUAAAGCCAUCAUUAAAACCCUUUCCCUCCAAAAAAACAGACUAUAUCUUGUAUUCCAUUGCAGUUUUUAUUCUGAAUUUUACAGAAGUUAAAACAUAACCUCUCAGGAAAAUUUACAAGUGUGCAUAAAUCAGUGUGAUAAGGACAAAAUAAUGGUCUAAACCAUGUAAGAGAAAAACUUCCUUGGAGUGCAUUUUGAUUACAAAGUUUGACCCAUGCCCCAUCUGUUAACAUGGGGGGGAACAGGAUUUAUAACCCAUUCUGCAGCCAGCUAGCUUAAUGCUCUGGCUUCACUUUUGGGGAUGUAGCACCGUCCAUUUAUUUAACCAGCCUGUGGCACAAACGCAUUACAAUAAGCCACUUUCCUUUCUCUUUGAAGGCUUCAAGGUUAAAGCCUCGUCCUGCCACAUCUGGGUCGAAGGCCUUCUGUCUAAUAACUUGGCUGGCGGACACACACACUCACGUACACACACACCGAAACACAUAGUAAUCAUCUCACAUCGCGCCAAGGUCAUGUCCCUCAUUUCAGCCAGGAAUGAACGGUCAAAAAAGCUCUCAAUUAAAGUCAGGGCAAAUAUCUCCGAAAGUCACCUAGAGUAUAAUGAGGCAUUUCAGGCAAUAGGUGUUACAGAUUUUAUAAGUCUGCGAUGCAAGCUGAAUAGAAAUGACACAUGAACAAGCAGCCAGGACAUUUAAUUAGACAAAUCAAGCAGCUUUUAUAACAGCUGACAAAUUGCUUUCUGUGCUGGAGAGAAAUUAAGAUGCCUUAAUGCAAGUUUUCAGUGGUGCUCCAGUCAGUCAGUGCUUGUUUGACGCGUCAUGACAUCUCAUACUUGAGUGGAGGGUUGGUCUCAUUGUUUCACACUUGUGAGAUUUUUACUGAACAUGACUUUAAGGAUUGAAGUAGGAAAAAAAAGAAAAAUCAUGUCCCCUGGCCGGUAUUUUUAGCAUCAGAUGUUCAUUUCUAAAUUUAUCUUUCUUUGUAAUUUUGCUUCUUCAUCAGGUUCAUUUAAAGAUCAUUUUGGUUCAUUACAACUUGGAUCUUAUUUUUCAGGUUUGGCUGUCUUCUUCCCUUUCUGUAGUGUUAUUCUUGAGUGAAGUGGAUAGGAUUUCAAUAGAGAAGGGAGAAACAUGAGCAAUCAAACUUGUAUGAAACUUGAUGCUUGUAUUGUUCUCAGACAAGCAAACGGGAAGAAACAAUUCUUAAGGUCAGCCAGGCUUAUUAAGAGGUUAAAAAACAUCAGUAAUAUGUUGAAAGAAGUUAUCCAAAGAAGACAUUGACAUUUAUAUCCUAUUUUAAAUCAAGUCAGUUGAUCAAAUAUUGUUUUUAUAGCCCCAAGUACUAUCAAAACCAGGUUAAAAAACCGUACCAUUUUGAAUACCACAUACAGAAACCCAACAUUGAGUAAUUACCUGGCAAGGCAGAGACCUUGAGCAGAACCAGACUCACUGGCGGACAACCAUCUUCCACUACAGGACUGUCCAUUUUUACAAUAUUAUUAUAAUUAUUGAUUCUUUCUGACUUUUGGUUUUAUACCCAGAGUAAGUGGUCUAGAUGAUCUGUCAGUGUGUUUAGGGUGUCUGUGAUUCUCUAAGAGGUUGAAUAUCCUUUCUCCGAGGCCCUUUUUUUCAAUAUCUGUGUCUUCCUUAUUUAGCAGCAUGUUUGUUACAUUAUUUAAUCCAUUGUUUUACUGCCACCCAAUCUUUAGCACAUGUGAAGCUGCCAAAAAAAAACUAUUUGACAAAUAUAAACAUUUCACUUAUUUUGAACAAAAAAUGAUGUUUAGAUAUCAGACAAAUUUUUUCAUCUUCUCAAGAGUAAGGAUUUGUUUCUGUUCAUCAAAUAUUUUUAGAUUUGAUUCACUGGUUUGACAAAAGAAGUCCUCUUGUAAAUUAAAGAUUCCCCUCCCCCCACUGCCAAUACUAUGAUAACCAUCUUCAACAACUUUUUUUUGCCAUUUCAAAGACUAAACAGUGAAUGAAUUUCUUUUGUAAGUAGUCUGAAAGAUUAAUUGAUUAAAAACAAUCAUUGAUAGUUGAAACCCCGGUCAUAAGAUGUGUGGUGUGAAAAUUCAGCCUCUUGUGAGUCAUUUUAUCACUGAAUUUACCAAAAAAGAACAAUAAAACUGUAGACGGAUAAAACAGAAUAUUAAAAGCUAAUGUAGGGAACAAGUCUGAGUUGAUUUUGCACCCUUUUAACUCAGUGGUACUUUUUAAAUUUUACACGAUUUUACCCUCACACAUACUUUUUGGCAGCUGUUUCUAACUAUGACAGUAAUUCUAUCAAAAUACCCAAACUUUAUGGGGAUACACUCAUUUGCUUUUUUGCAAUUUCAGUCUAUUUCAUAACCACACGGAGUCCAUAUUCUUGUCAUGUCUGGACUUUAUGAGAAUGAUAAUCUUUGCCGAAGCUACUGUGAGUCAAAGUGCACCGCUACCAGAAACACCUGAUAACUUAGGAACACAUAUUAACACAAGAAGUGACACAAAACAGCCACAAAAGCUUCACAAACCAACACAAUAUGAAACAGCUAUUCUUAAACAACAUAGUCUUGUGUUUCCUGAGUCGAUUUGAAGUGAUAACUGGCUAACUUUACAGGCAUAAAAUAUAUUAGACUAUAGAGAUAUUAGAUAGAACUAUAUAUGCCAACAGGAUGUUAAAGCAGCCAUAGUAAGGUAAUAUCUGUUUGUUGUAGAUCUUGCACUUUUCUCACAGAGAGAAAACAAAAUCUUGAAAUUUUAAAAGGUUAAUGAAAAGUUUAAUAUCUUCACCUUGGAAUCUAGGGAGCCACAGUGUAUUUUGCUCACUUUUUGGACCACCAAAUGUCUAAAAACAAACAAAAUUAUGAAAAUAGUAUUCAGCUGUUAUCAUUCGAGGAAGAGUCAUCUCUGUAAGUUAGACCCAAGUGAUGAUACAGCAGAGUUUGUUCUUCGAGUUGAUACGUCGAUACGGUCAUUAAUAGCUGUUAUGAGAGGAGAUCCCUCCCCUCCCUCUCCAGUCUAAGGGUGGCACCAACAAACCUUCCAGGUGCAAUGAUAGAGUAUCAAUAAGGUGAUGACCUCACCCACUGCUUGUGGAGUCAAGGAUCUCUGAUUAGAGGUGCAUUGAUCCCCUGGGAUUUGCUGCAGAAGUGGCCUUAAUAGGAUCUGAUGUUUUUGGCCCGGGGCUCCACGCUCUGCUGUGCUCCGCUAAGGCGUUGCCAGGGAACUGUGCUGGUAGCCGGCUGUGAGGUGCUCAGCUGGCUUCUUGUAGGUAGGGACUGCUGUUUUUGAUCGCAGCCUGACUUCUUGUUGGUGUGCAAGCACGCCAUAAAUGGUCAAUGAUUCAAAGGCCCAUAGCAGGCGUCGCAGCACUAUGGAAAUGCAGGUAUGUGACUCACAAUAGAAACGAUAAAACGGUGCCCCUAAAACUCAAUAAAACAAUGGCAGAGAGUUUAUGAAUACGCAGAAUCCUCCUAACCCUUGCCUCGACCUUCGGUGCAGUUUACAGCAUCGUGAAACUCCUCUCUUUGCUCAGCAUUUACAACUCUGCCUAUUUUCGAGCGAGUCUUCUCAGAGCAACAUAAAUAAAGGCUGAUACUGUAAUCAAUGGCAGAUGUCUGCAGGAGAGAGCCGAUGACACGUUUGCCUGUGAGUCAUCCCUCAUCCGACGCGAGCAGUCAGCUCCACAACCGGACGGACACACGGCAAGACGAUCAUAUAUCACAACAGUCGACGUCAGGAAGUCUCAGGAAUGAGGUCCGACACAGCCAAGAAUGUGCCAUUGUUCGGAGCGUGUAGAGGACUCAUUGUUUUGCGUGUCUGCAUGUCCAGAUCUCAAGUAUCUCUUAGAGGACAAAAGUCAAAUCAGGGAUGAGAUAUCAUGUGACUUGACGAAGGAGAGUUAGAGGACUUGAUUUGCACCAGUUUCCUGUUUAAGAAGAAAUAUAUUUGAGACAUCUUGCAGCUUUAUUUAAUUAUGAAAUCCAGUUUUCAUAUUUAGGAAUUUAUUGCCCAAUAAAAUUACAAAUAUUAGUCUUAUUUGCAUAACAUUUCUCAAAAAAAACCAGAAUAUUAGUAUGGGAAACAAAGUGGACAUAAUGAUCUCUUCUGCAGGAUGUGACAGAAUUUUCUGCCUUUAAAUGCAAAGUUUCCGAUAAACAGCUAAUAAUUUCCACAUAGUCGAAGUUGCGUGCUGGCACCACCAGCCUUAUUGCAGUGAACACAACCACACUACAAGAUGCCACCACUCAUCUGAGGUUGUUUACAUGAAGGUAGUAGAGCAUUAAAACAUGGUGCCAGAAGCCAUGACCCAAGGUAGCAGCUCUGGCUAAUGGAUGGGGCUCUGCUUCAGCUAAGACUGGACAUAUAAUAAGCAUUUCUAUCCUAAAAUAAUACAAGUAUUACAUUAAUAAUGCAUUGAUGAGCUUUCACAUGGAGUUUAGGCCAGUUACUUGCAGUCAAAUAACCCUGAUCUGAAGAUAAUGCCAGUUACAAACAGGGUCCUGUUUGUCAUCUACAGGGGCAUAAAAAAUUGCAGGAUCAGUCAAUAACAUAACAAAACCCAGGACUAGUUUUAUAUAUUUUUAUAAGACAACAUAAAAAGUUUCUUUAAUAAUACUAUAGGUUGGGUGGAUAGUGCAAAACAUGAAAAAAAACACUAAAACUGAGAAAUUUAAAGAAAUGAAAAAUAUUUGUUCGCCAAUGUUCAAUCCUUUAAGUCCUCGAGCCCCCACUGUCCUGCAUGUUUUGAAUGUUUCCCUGCUCCAACACACCUGAUUCAAAUGAUUAGCUCGUUAUUAAGCCAUUACAGAGCUUGAUAACGAGCUCAUCAUUUGAAUCAGGUGUGUUGGAGCAGGGAAACAUCCAAAACAUGCAGGACAGUGGGCCUCGAGGACUGGACUUGAGAACCGCUGCUUUAAGUGAUACAUUUUUAAAGUAAUUAUUUCUAGCAUUUAUUGAAUAUAGUUUGUAGUUAUUUCUGUCAGAUUGGGUUUCCAACUUAAACACCUUAUUGGAUUUGUCGUUUACCCUUUGUUUUGACUCCUGCUGUCUGUUUUACCACCACUCCAUUAGUCUAAUCUUGCUCAGCAGCUGUCAGUGACUGGCCUUGCUUGUGUCUGAUUGAUACCAUCCUGUCCUGACUCUUUGUUCCCGGGUGACUCCGUAUAAGGAGACCCUCUGCGAGAGUUUACUUAAACAUAACAGCCAGAGACAGAGCCCAGUGACAUCCCCGCGGGGGGUACAGCUCAUCUCAGAUGAGAUAAGAUAAGAGGUGAAGGUGAGAAAGUCGUCAAGGUGAGAUUUGUUGGCUGGAUGGCUGGUUUGGCACUCUCCAGCCAUCACUCGCCCAGUUGCUAAGCUUCUUUGUUUGUGUGCUGCUCUGCCUUUGGCAUCAGUGGUGCGGAUCAGGUUACAUGUGGGAAUGAGGUGUAGUGUUGGUUCAGCAGUUCCUUUGUCUCCCGAGUUGUGAAUCUUCGACUCAAUGAAUUAGGGACCUUGAAAUCGGCUGUGUGUAAUGCAUGCCUACCAUUUUAUCCAAAAUUCAGCCUUAAUUGAAUCACAAUUUCAGAUAAUUCAAUUAUCCUUCCAAAUGCGCUAUCAUGGUAUUGAUGUGGGUGUGUGAAAUGGAGUUGCUCUGAUGCACAGUCUAUUGUUUGAUUUUGCGAUUUCUCUUGUGCGCCAAAGUAAUUAUUCUCUUGUAUCACAUCAACUUUAAUUAUAUGAUAAUUUCAGGUAUGAGGCGUGAUUACUGUCUGUUGUGUUGCCUCAGAUGUCUUGGUGUCACUUCAUCAAGAAUAGUGAGGAUAUUUCACGUCUUGGCAGUUUAUUUAAGCUCAACAGCACUAAAAUAUAAGCUGUCGCGUUAGCACAAAACAAAUGUUGUCGUCUAUAAAAAGAAAUCAACCCCCAGUCUUUAUAAAGCGCAGACUCAUCUAUGAUUACAUGUAACAACUUCCCCGUUUCAUCCCUCUUAAAAUGUAACCAGAUCUGCAUUCAUACGUUGUGACUGGACGCCUCAGCACCUGUGUUGUGUUGUGCUGCUGUGUCUGUGUUGACUAGAGGUUGCCAUUGGUGUUAAUGUGUCUCAUUGGUUGACAGAUUUGCCGCUGUUCACACAAACCUUCCGUAGAGACGGCAGACAGGUUACUCAUUGUGUAACUUGACAGGCUAACACAGACGUGUGUGUAAAAAUAAACCCAGAAAUCAGACUUUUUGCCUCUUGUAAUAUUGAAACCACAACAAUAACGAUCUUGGGAUUUACCAAAGAGUUAUGUCAGAAGUAACGCGCUCAUUUAGCUGACUCAUGUCCAGGUUUGGUUUGCAUGCACACAUAGUGCUUGCUCCUUGUUUCAUUUUAGUUUUCACGCUUAUCUUUCCACUGUUUACUUAUUUUGCUUUGCUUCCCAAACUGGUGGCUCCAUUUUUAUGACAAAUUAGCAUGUAUUUAUUACUAUCUCUUUUUUAUUUCCUUCUAUUUACAAGAGAAACCCAGUUAAAUGAGUACAAUCUGUACCACUAGGAAGCACUCAGUCAGAAGAGGUAGUAUGACAAGCUACAUGGCAGCCCAGUGACACAUUAUAGCUUGAUGACUACUGUCCUCUGUAAUAGAUGUUCGCAUCACAAGAGGAUAAAGAAAGAAAGAGAGAGUGGAGAGAAAGUUCCUCUGGUGGUUGAGACAGGAUGGAAGUAACUCUAACAGAGCUACAGCAUUUUUGUUUACACCUGCGCAGCACAACACUCAAGCAUAACAAAAGUACUGGAGCUGCUGCCCCAGCUAGCAGCAGGUGGUCAUGCUGUAACUCCCUGAAGUCAACAACACUUAAGAAAAAUACAGUGAUGUGCUAAGUAGCCAUUUAGAAACUAAAAGUUAUACAUGACACUUUCAGAUGCACACAGAUAUAUAUUUUUAUAUAAGAAGCAGGCUUGAAGAAAUACAGUGUUAGCUGCACCGUUUACCCAAAGUUUCCAAGCUUUAUUUCAACUUUAUCCCAUUUGUCCGCACAAAGCACACCCCGUGUAUCUCAAACCCACCAAUGUCAUCCAGUUUUUUUAUCUUCAAGAGUUGAGAUUGAGGACAGAGGUGAAACUUGUAACUUGAAAUAUAGGCUUUAGAUUGUGAUUUCAAAAUAAUUGAACAUUGAGAUUUUUCCCUCUGAAAGUAAAGCUUCCAGCUGAAAACUCUCUUUUGACAACCCUAAAUUUUCACUGCACUACACCUGUCAUUUUGUUGUCUAUCAACAACCAUAGUAGCGAUAACUUCUUUGCCUGAAAAUACAUUUGUAGUCUCUCUCCUGUUACUCCCGCUGCGGUUUUUUCCACCUUCUCUGACUCAGUGCGGACCUCGACAAUUAAAUUCUCUUUUAGUCUCUCUCCACCAGCAUAUACAUUGUAAUUCCCCAGCAACGCCAGCUCAAGUUGCAAGUUGAAAAGUUCAAAUGUAAAACAGAGGCCAGAGCUGUGAGGGAGUAUUGCCAUAAAACACAGCAGGCUGUAGAUUACACGGGAGAACACAAUGCGCUCGCUGUGAGGAGGUGUGUGUCUGAUAGGGUGUGCAGGUGUAUUUGCCGGGCUGAAACACAUACUUAUCAAGGAGUGAAAAGUCUAUCUUUGAGUGUAAAGCCAACCCGGAGAACAAUUUAACCCACGCUCAGUGUCCUUUCCCUCAUUACCUCAUCUGUACCUGUCAUGUAUUCAAAGUGGCUAUUAAUAACUGGUGGAGGUUAAUGAAAAAUACAUGAUCUCUUCCUGUCUUCCUCAGGUCCGAACGCUAUUUGUCAGCGGGCUUCCACUGGAUAUUAAGCCGCGGGAGCUCUAUCUCCUGUUCAGACCAUUUAAGGUAUGUUUGUAUGUUUUAAAUGGAUGGGCUGCAGCUAUUCUUAGCUGCUUUUUUCUUUCCAGCAGUCAAUGGGACCUCCAUUAAUGGUGAUGAAAUAAACGGCAAUGGAAACUCUCCCGUGUGGUUCAAGUGUCUGUGUUCCUAAAGCUGAGGUUCAAUCACAUCUUGAUCCAUGGGAAGUUUGUGUAUGUGUGUACAUGUCCGUAUGAGUGUGGGUCAUGGAAAAAUGGCCAGCUGCCUGCAACACAAAAACAAAGCUAUUCGCUCCACUUCAGAAACUUCACCUUGUUACAGGCUCACAUAGAGACCUGGAGUUGAGUUCAGGUGAAUACAUGAAGGUAGAUGCUGCGAGCCUUUUGGAUCGCUGCCCUUGAAUAAUGCACUUUAAUGUGGCAGCAGCAGCAGCAGCCCAGUUUAAGUGAAUAAUGGGACAAUGCCAUGCAUCUGUCUCUACUUCGAGUAAUGCUCAUGGCAUGUACUCUUAAGUACAUGUUUUUAAACAUGAGCAGUGUGGUCGUAAAUCUUAAUUAGAUCAGACACGACGAUCAGUCUGGUUUUUGUCAGAGCUUUUAAAAACAAGAAACAACCUAGCUCAGACCUUGAAAGUUAAUGUCUGUUCCUGCCUUUGUUGGUAUUUUUGCUCACUCAGAAUUUUUUUGUAACUUCAGAAAAAUAUCUCUUUGUCCUAUGCUAUUGUUCAUACGAAUGUCUCCUACAGCUAAAUCACAGCGCCCCCCUGGUGGAGAUGUGCUCACACUACAUUUUACGGCCCAUAAGGACUUUUUGAAACUUUAUGUUGGUAAAAUUUUCAAAACUUGAUUAAAGUUUGUAUCGUGAUCCGUCCAUAUAAAUUCAGAUGAAUUUACAUUGGACUGUAGCUUUGCUGCAGUUGCCCCCUGCUGGCAAUGUCCUUACACUACAUUUUACGACUCGAAAAAAACUUUGGAAGUGCCUUUUUAAUUUUUAAUUUACAUGAAUUUAAUCGAAACUUUGCAAAUAACUACCGUAUUUUUCCCACUAUAAGGCGCACCUGAUUUUAAGGCGCACCAUCAAUGACGCAUCUAUUUGCGUCUAUUUUCAUACAUAAGGCGCACCGGAUUAUAAAGCAAAUUAAGCCAAACAAAACAGUCAAUAAUUGCACAAGGCCACGGUAGCUGCAGUGUUCCAACGAGCCAAAAGGAUUUUAGGUGCGCCUUAGAGUGCGAAAAAUACGGUAUCUCUCAUGGCUAGAUUGCUGCUGCCCCCUACUGGCAGUUUGCUUACAUUGCAUUUAACGGUGCAAAGUUAAUAGAUGUAAUUCAUGAAUAUGCAGUAUAUUUAAACAAAAAACAGGAAGCUCUGAGAAAGAAUUAAGACCUCUACCAUCACUAACGAAUGAUUAAAACAUGAUUUAACAAAUUAAUUAAACAAAGUAAGAAGAAAAAAUAUUUACCAAGGGUUAAUCAUUGGUGACCUUGUAAUAAAAAAGCAGCUUUUUAUUGUUUUCUUCGACUUAUUCAACACUAUGCCAACCUUAUUUCCUAAAACAUUAUAUUUCCCUCCAUCAAGUUCAAGUUUUAUUUUUACCAACAGAAACCCUAUUUUCCAAUUCUGACUUUUUCUCUCUCUUUUCACAGGGCUAUGAAGGCUCCUUGAUAAAACUCACUUCCAAACAGGUGAGCUGCAUGACACAUCGAGCGCUGUGUUUCUAUACAAAGCAACUAAUGAAUGAUGGCAUCAGACAGUCUUUCAUAAUGCUGUCACUGUUGACAUUUCUCACCCAUUUGCUCAUCAACACCUUUAAUUUCUUUGUCUCUCCUUUGUCCCCUUUCCUUCCCUCUUGCGGUUACUGGCUUAUUGACUGUGAAGGAUUAGCACACUUUGUCAGGAAGUACCUGGAAUAGGAAAAAAAAAACUUUAUUUUGGGGGGAGGGAAGGGAAAAGAUUUGCACCAACUUGCCUUUGGCAGUCGGGUAGUACGCUUGUAGUCGCAGACAGUCGACUCCGGUGGGAAGUGUGGGGAUGAGGAGGGAGACGGGGAAAGAAUUUUUGAGGUGUCAAAGCAAAGCGUUUUGACAAGAGCAGAACUGACGCUUGAGUUUAGCCUCGAGGGGCGCGGGACUGAAAAUGAGCUCAGCUGGCAGGUGUCCACAUCCAGACUUGAGCAAUUUAGCUUCAUGUCAGUGUACUUAUUACCACGUUACACUGUUUCCCAUAAAGACAUGACAAGCUCAUUAGAAGGGUUUAGGGCGAUUUAGACCGAGUAUAAUACCUCUAAAACUAAGAACAAAGGAAUGAUUUUUUUCUUUCCGGUGGUAAAAUCCUAUUGCUUAGUUUGGGACUUUCCCUUUUUUCGUGUUUCAUUGCAGUUGCAUGCUGUCAAAAACUUUUAUAAGCCAAUUAGUGACUAAACAGACUUUUUUAUAUUUACACUUUAUUAUACCGUGUCCGGGCUUGCAAACAAAGAGUGAUCAACCUGUCUUUUCUCUUGUUAAGUUAAUUCAUCCUUGAGUCUAUAAAUUAGCGCAAGUAAUUUUGGAGAUGUAUCCCUGUUUCCCCGGUGUGAUCUCUGCACACAUCAUGCAGGGCAGGUCAGGAUACAUCUGCAAAGUAACAGUAACUCGGGAUGCUGUCGAAACUAAUAUUUUGCUCUUCUCUCACAGGAGAAAGGUGUGUUGUUAGGAGCUCGAGAUGCAGUGAUUUUGUCAUUAACUGUUUUGGCUUUUUUGAGUCAUUCUUGGUAAAAUACCUGCAAUACAAAAAAAAAAAAUACCUGUCAAUUUUGGCACAAGUAACCAACUCUUUCUGUUCUCUUCCAUGAUGCCCUUUCAGGAGACUUAAAUGAAAAAAUUGCAAUAUAAUAAUAUGAUCACUGGUUGAUUAUUUAUCAUACAAAAUGGUGCAUCCCAACAGUCUUUCUGUCUGGGAAAAUAUUCAACUCAGACAGAGAGAGAAAAUAAGAAUAAACAACCAAAUUUCGUCACAUUUUCUGUCAAAAAAAGUGAAAAAAAAAAAAUCACUACCCUAGGAAGAUCCUGCUUGUGUGUGUUUUGCCGCAGGCUUCACCGUAAUGCGCAGGUGCACCUAAAAAUGUGGCUGCAGCUGUAACACUUUGCACCACUAUGAAAAGUCUAAGGAUAGAUAAUGUCACUGUGUUUACAAACUUAUGAUGGUCAUGAAAUAUUUGCUGAAAAAAACAGACUUAUUUCACAGCUAAAGCCACCUUAGCUUUCAUCUUAACUGCAGGUUUCCCUGUUUCUCAAUGUACAAAAUGUGCUCUGUGCAGUUUUUCCUCUUUGUGUAAUGAACAAAUGAGACGCUCUGCAGCUUUUCGUGCACUUUGCCCUCUCAUUGCACCUCCUCACCCUGCCUCAUAUUUUUAUAAUUGCCACCUUCCUCAGGCCAAAAGUCAGCUGAUGCUUUUACUCCUGUCCUACAGAGGGCUUUAACAUUCCUCCUGCCUGUCUUUGUUUUGAGCGACUCUCCCUCGCUAAUGACAAACACGAUGCAAAUCAAUCGAUCUCCCUCUCUCUCGCAGUCCGAGCUCCACACAAGCAUCUCCAUAUAUAGCAAGAGCCAGAUCUCAGACCUUUUGCUAUUUAUACUCCUGUUACACGUACUCCUUCUGACGUCUUCACUUAGUCCCUUCUUUUUUUUAAAUGUUUCUUCUCUUUACUCCCUCCUCCUCCUUCUCCUCCUCCUCCUCCUCUUUCCCCCUCAUGUUCAAAAUUCCCAUAACCCUGCUCUGCUUCUCCAGAUCACACGCAGCAGUGUGACCCCAUGGGAGCAGCAUGUUUGGAGAUUUUUCUCCUCUCCCCCACCCUCUCCUCUCCUCUCCUCCCAACAUCAACACACAGACACGCCUUUUUUUACUCCCGAAAAAAUGUGUAUUAUUUGUUUGUAGAUGCAAAACCAAACCAUCAUUCUUGUCGUUUUUUUCCCUUUCCUGUCUUUCUUCACCUUUACUUUUGUGGGCUCGGGUUUAAGAGUGAUGUCACCAGAGUAUAAAACAAGCGCAAGUGAAUUAGACGUGAAAAUAUUGCUUUGUUUUCCACUGACAGGCCCACUCUGAGGCCUCGCUGUCUUUCGUUUCUUCUCUUACCUUUAACCUCUACAUUCUCUUUUUCCUCACCUCCCUCCUCCUCGCGAUUUGUCUUCUUUUUCCCUCUCUAUCUGCCUCCCUCACAUGCACUUUCUCUCUCUCACAUUGCCCGUAUUUGGGCAUAGGGGAGCUGAAUGAUGAACUCUCCGUGCAAGCGUCCGUCCAGCCUCACUCUCUCCCUCUCUCUUCCCCUCUCUGUCGCCAAUGUUUUAUAAACAGGGUAAAAAAGAGGGAGACAGCAGAAAAAAACAAGAGGGGGGUUGCAGAUGAUGGGGGGAAAAAUGUAAAAAAAAAAAAAAAAAAAGAACAACAUGUCUAUGUCACCCAGACAGAAACGCCGACUCAGUUUUCUGCCUUAAACCAUGUUUCUUUUUCUCUUUUGUUCUGUCUCCUUGUCUCCCCAGCCGGUGGGGUUUGUCAGCUUUGACAGUCGAUCAGAGGCGGAGGCUGCUAAGAAUGCCUUGAACGUAAGUGUCAUGCCCUCUUCGUGCUCCAGCUCUGCACUUGUAUAUCUUGUGAUGACUGGGAACCGCAUCUCUGUCUGCCUCCUGUGCAAAUGCAUGUGAUACCUAGCGAAUCCAGACGGUUUUAUUUUGCAUUUCCUUUCACACGCAGAAAAGGUAGCAAAGUCAACAUAUCGCGGCUGCUCUACAUACUGUAUGUCUGAAUGUAUCCGUUUAAGUAAAUAAGCCGUCUUCUUAAAGCUUCGGCUGCAAGGUCAGGAGGAAAAUUAGCUCCUUCUCUACAUAUAAAUAGAAGAUAUUGAUCCAGGGUUUAAUUGUAAUCUCGCUUAUUUCAGAAAGUAGCUCAGUAGAAAGCCUUGAUGAGGGAGAAUCAAAUAUGAAACAGAGCCCGUCCUCUCAGGGUUUUAUUCAGCCCCUCUUAAAACAAAACAAAGCAAAGACAGCGCCGCUCUCACACAGCUUCAGUUUCCCAUUGUUGUUCUAACCUGUCUACGUAUACACAAGUUCUUCAGAGUUUUGGUUGAUCUCCUUGUCUCAGCUUUAUCAUCCUCCGUAAGAGGGAGCGUGACAACUACAGCAGACUCUGUCAACUUUUAGAUGUUGGGAUAUUGUUGCGCAUCAAAGGCACAAAGAGUUGAAGAAAGAUAAAAAUUAUCAUCUUAUUAUGAGCCAACAAUAGUCAGACUGUUUCCGUAGAAUAACACAGUGGGGCUGAGAAUUCGGCAGCGCUCUUGUUUUUUCGGGGAAAGCUACGUCCCGGGGGUCAUAUGGAGAUUUUGCGAACAUCUAUCUGCAUAUUGAAAUAUGGGAAAGACCAAAAAAAAACGAAAGGAAGGAGGGGAUUUGUUUCCCAGUCAUGGUACUUCUGCGAUAUUCCCCCUUCACAAGGAGCUUUUUCUUCCAGCAAAACACCACUACAACAAUUAUCACCCAAACAAUACAGGCAGAAGUGCAAAGGAAGUGUUAAGAGGCUAAAAAACGUUUCAAGAGAGGGAUUCAACACGGUUCAAACUGAGAUGUGCUCAGGCCUCAUUAUAUCCAUGUACCUUAUUAUACCUCUGCAGCCUCCACUGGCAGAAGCUGCGAGUGCACUGAGCCAAGGCAAUCCUAGUUAAUUCCCUCCCCUUCAUGAGAAGAGCCAUCCCUCGCUUGUUUCAGCUCAGCUCAGCCCGAGCCUGCAGGGAUGAUCAGCGCAGCUUCCCGCUCCCGUUCACUGCAGAGAACUUCACUCCUCGCUGCCUUUUUUUAUUUAACCAUCAUUGAUCUGACCCUCGCUGUUUUUCUGCGCCUCUCUUUUUUUUUUUUUUUCAAACAGACAAUCGAAUGAGGUUAAUUAGAGGGUGCUUAUAGUCGCUGGUGGAAUUCUUCCGGCCUUGUUGCUGCUUUUGGAGGCAAACAAAUAGCCGCUUUGUUUUUGGAUGAAGGGGACCUUUGUUAAUGUCACAUUCUGUGUUUUCCCUCAGGCGAACGUAAUCGACAAAGAAAAAUGAUUUAGACUGGAAGAGUACAUGUUGAGGUUUUCGACACGGGUUUAACAGAAAGCGAGAAUAACUGGUCUUUUUAUGUUGACAUUUCAGAAAUGCGCUUAAAUUUUCAGCCAUCUUUCAGCUGUGUGUCAUGGCCGAUGUUAGAUUUGAUACGAAGUUGCAGAGUUCGACUAGCAUCGUAGACAAACCUUUAAAUUUAUCGGAAUUUAUUAGGAAAAACUCAAACGUCCUCUUGCAGCUCAAGUGAUAAGUGCCCCACCUGAUACAUCCAGGUAUUAGCCAGGUCCCAUUUGACAAAAACUGAAAGUUAAACUAGAAAGUCAUGCAUGAGUACCAGCUUCUAAGUAGUCUAAAUUGCCUCCCUGCCACAUGAAAGAGAGCCUAUAAGUUUCUCCCAUUUAUUUUUAACAUGAUCACUUCAGUGGUGAAUGAAAUCAUUCAUUUUUUUUUCCAGGUUGUUUGGGGCAAUGUCUCAUUUCUAACGUCAUUGAGAGUCAUCAUGUGAUGUACUAAAACCACAGACACAAAGGCACCUCCCAAGGUGUUAACUCCUUGUAACCUUGCUAGAAAAACAAGGGACAUCUAAGAACUAGAAAAAUAUCUGUGUUAGUUGUUAAAUUUUAGGUAGAAGUGAAAUUUGGAGGUUGAAAGUGUAAUACUUAAUUUAUGUCACAUUUAACAUUUAAAAAGUGCCAACAUCCCAAAAUAUUGACACCAGAUUACACUCUUUUUACACAAUCUUGCAUUAUUUCCCCAUUUGCUAUCCCAAACCUGUAACUAGAUGUGUCCAACGAUAGGAUAAUCAAUAAUAAAUCGACUAAGGAUUUAUAAGAGUUUGAGAUAAUCCAUUACUUUGCCCAUCAACCCUGUUUUUCUGAGUUUUGGAGACAUUUCUGGAGACACUCAGGGCCAUUUUUAUCAUGCACCGGCCAAGGAUGCAUAUUCUUUGAUAAAAGCGCUUAAUUUAAGUCUGUCAAGAUAAAAAUAAAGUCAGCCACAAAUCCCUGGAGGCACUCAUUGAAAAAGAGUCCACUCAAUGAUCUUUAAAAUCCGCUCAGCCUUUAAAUGUGUGACAACCAAAGGCAACGCCAUUUUUAGACGCUGUUGUCAAUCAAAACAAAAAAAGAAUUAUGAGUUUCUUGUGACAACAAUAAGUGGGGUUCAUGGAUAUUUAAGAACCAUCUGCCUCUCCUUACAAAAAAAAAGAGUGUUAAUUUAGACACUAGGCUGGAAUUAUUGAUACCCACAUCAUGAACCCACAUUAUACUCCUAAAUUAUUCAAGACAGUGCUUCGGCUCUGUGUUGAACUCUGGAAGUAUACAGUAAAAUGCAUUAUGAAAGAGCAGCAAUGGAAAUUCAAGCUGAUAUAUUUAUUAACUUCUGCAGAGAUGCAAUCAGUGUCUGUGGACUGUUGCCAAUUGUUUGUAUAAUGAUUACGAAGUGAGGCUUUGGACUUUGGUUGUUGACUGAUCAUGCACAUCAUUAUCACCUAAAUUUAGAUUCCAUCUGAGGAUCAAAAUAUCCAAUAUUAACUUUUCAGGCUUUGUAGAUUGUCAUAGAGUUUAAUGCUACAGUGUAGGAGCUAAGUCGAUACUUAAAGCUACCGAGAUGCUCGACCCAGAGUAACCUGGUUGACGCGCCACGCUACUGAGUUUUACCAUGAGUUGUAAUGAUCAUUAAAAGUCCGUACACUGUUCCGCGGAUUCAGCAUACAAAAAAUUUAUUGGGAUGAACAUAACCACAUUUAUUUUGCAAUAGGUGUCAACACUGAACAAACAAGGAAAAUGCCGGCAGUUAGCACCACAACAGUCAAACACCUGCCCACAACAGUGACAUGGCUACCUUUAUCCAUGAGCCCCCAGAUAACAAGACAGUGACACCCAAGGCACAAAAGUGAACUGCAACUCAUAAUAUGUAUCACAGCAACAUAUUAGGCUCCUACAUACAGUAUGACUGAAUUCAUGACAGGUCAAUGGUAGAGAUAGUCAAUGGUAGAGAUAGUCGUGCUUUUUUAUCCAGAAGUCUAACUUUAAUCUACUCUGACUCUCUCGGUCAAUCGAUCAAUCACUCUUUGCUCAAACUUCUCAACGUUUUGGUCUCAGGGGGUGCGAUUCGAUCCGGAGAUCCCCCAAACUCUUCGGCUGGAGUUCGCCAAAGCCAACACCAAGAUGGCCAAGAACAAACUGGUUGGCACCCCCAACCCCCCUCCCUCCCAGCAGAGCCCCGGGCCACAGUUCAUCGGCAGAGACCCAUGUGAGUACUCCAACCACUUACCCGUCGGUCCCUGAGCUCGUCUAAAGUUUUGUCUGUGUUGCUGCUUUCUUUGGCCGGUAGUUUCUCCUGUUUUGAGUCGACUGGACAGCUGUUUCCCUUUGGGACUUGUUGUUUUUUGUAGAAAAGUGUUUUCAGCAAAGACUGUGAAAAUGGAUGCUGAUUUGGCGCCUUAAAGUUAUUACCCACCCUCUGGAAACAUGUUAUGACCACAUUUUUAGUAUCCGACCAAAAAGAAGCUGCUUUGAAAUCCGAUUCUGUGCACUUUAGUUGCCAUGGUUAAACUUGAAUAUAGAUCUCCUCCUGAAUGAAAGCUUCCCCCUACCUGGGUUAAUGAUUCAUAGAAAGUACGUGCUCACCGUUGGCUGCGUCUCUAAUUAUUCGGACUUUUCUAAACCUCUUGAGUUUAAUACCAGCUGUGUAUCGAAUUUACAAAUGCAGCUCUGUCCUUCUUCCCAUUUAAUCUAAUAUUUUUCUAAGGAGUUCGGGAUUCAGCCAGAAUUACCCAUUGAUAGUUGAACAUAGGCCAGCUGUGGUCAUACAUUCUUCCUAAAUGAUCAAACUGCUCUUAUCUUGGAGGAGGGGUGUACACUCGGUGCCCCGGUGGAAAAUGGAAGGAAACGAUUAAUGAAACCAUGACGUAAUCGCCAAGAGAGACAUAACCAUCAUUUCCUGAUAAGAGAUGUUUAAAUCUGCCAUUUUUCCUGAUCAUGCUGUGAUAAACUUUAACUAGGAGAGCCCACGGAAAACGUCGCUUUAAUUUUUACAGCUAUCUGAUGGUUCUCCAAUGAGCGGCUGUUUUUUUCUGAAACUGUAUUUUAGGUCUUUAUUUACUCUGUACCACUCUGCACUGUCACUAUCUCUUCACUCAUGCACUAUGAUCUUCUUUUCACAGUCACUUAAUACUCGACUCAGUAAGUAAAUCAUCAUAUCUGAGAUGGUUUCCUCUCAUUUUAACCCAGAUUAAAUCGGAUGAAGUGAUGACAGGCUGUUUGCUAAGUCCUGCAAACAUUGUGGCUUUUACACGGUACAUUUGUAGAUUAAAGUACCAAUUAGGACAGAUCUGCCACUUUGAAUACUUUUAAAACAACUUUCAUAGAUUUCAGACAAAUGUAGGCUUUAAAUUCAAAGCUUGUGAGUGUUGAUUUUGUUAGCUAAAACGACAAACGUCACAGCUGCAGCGAGCUAGCUUAACAGGUUUGACGAAAUUGCGAAGGAAUAAUUUGACUUAACUUUUUAAAAUACUUUUUCAUGUCCACCACAGCCAAAUGUGUUAACUCUUUUGAGCAAUACAGGCCUUAGCAUGUCCUUCAUGGCUUAUUACAGUUGCUCAGCCAUGAUUGGGUGUUGUUUUGGGGGGAGGAGUUUAGAAGACAAUCAGCUGCUUCAUGAAAUGAAAUGAGAGGAAGCUGCUUCAGAUCACAAAUGACCACCUGUAGCGCACCUCAACCACCACCAUUACCACCACCUCCAUUACCACCAUCAUCACCUCCACCCUGUCUCUUCAGCCACCUGCCCAUCCACUGGCCACCUUCCUCACUCCACUCCUCCUCUUCUUCUUUCCACAGAUGAGCUCACAGUGCCUGCUCUGUAUCCCAGCAGCCCAGACGUGUGGGCGUCAUACCCACUGUACCCGGCGGAGCUGUCGCCGGCCCUCCCACCCGCUUUCACCUACCCCUCCUCGCUCCACGCUCAGGUAACCUGCAAACCCAUCCCCUCCCCUCCUCUGCUCCAUCACCACCACCUCAACCUCGACCUCAACCACCACCCCUCUCUGUUUCUGUAGCCCCUCAAACAGCUGCUGUUGUCAGGCCUGAAAUCACUCUCUGCUUCGACCCACAGAUUCAUCUCAGAGCACACAAAAAUCCACUGAUAAGCACCAAUCUUGAUUUCUUCUGUGUUGAUUUAAAGUCUUGGGUUAGUUAAGAUUCUGAGAAAUUUCAUACUUUUCUUUCUGUCCGGGAAACUCAUGUACGUUUUUUCAAUGUUUACAGGGAGUUUGAAGUUAUGUGUAAUCCUCGGUUUCCAGCUAAGUUUGAUGAUAUUGAUGGAAUCAGGGAGUAGUUCUCACAAGACAGAAAACAAACUUUCCCAUGAUAAAGUUUUAUCUAAAUUUUAACAACAUUUUUCCUAGGUACACAACGUUAUCUAUCUUCUUCCCGUAAAGCGGAUUAUGGAUCAGGAAUUUGGCAUCGCAAAUAUGUUUAUUGAAACUGAAGGCGGUGACUUUUAAAAUAUCUUAUUUACAAGGUGACGUGAAUUUUAAGAUCCCAAUGAUGUCCAGGAAUCGAAUUAAAGCUUUGCUCCAUAGGAAUAACUAAUGCUGGUUGUAACCAAUCACUUGCCAAGGGGAAGCAUAUUAGUAUUAAAGGGAUAAUCCGGCGUAAAAUUAAUUUAGGGUCAAACACACUGUAACACCGAGUUAGACACCCCCUUGAGAGAUGAAUGUUGCUGACCACUUGCUUCUCUAGUUAUACCAACUUUAGUAACGACCGACGAUAGCAAUACACAGCAGUCUGAGGAGCCACACACAAACCUCAACCAAAAUGCCACUCUAUAGCCACAAAUAAUGCUCAGAACAGCACCUAACUUCAUCAACAGUACAUAUAGGGUCCCAGCCAUAGUACCAGCCAUCAAAAAUAUUUUUAGCUUUGCCUAAUUUCUUUAGCAAAGAGACUAAACACAACUCACCUACUCUCUUCCAGCAGCCACUUGUUUGUAGCGUCCAUUACAGACUACAGCGGGGCGACACAGCUCAAGGAAGAACAUUUAUGAUCAUUUCUUUAUCAUUUCCUCAAAGUAAUAAUCACCAUAUUAAUAAUUUUGCUCUGCAGAGAAGCAAGCGGUCGGCAACAUCCAUCUCUUUGGGGGGUGGGGGGGUCUAACUCGGUGUUACGGUGUUUUAAAUUAAUUAAAUUAAUUUUACGCCGGAAUAUCCCUUUAAGUAUGUAUAAGUAUAUAAGUAAAGUAUACUACUAGUAUAAAACCCUGAAAAUUACCAUCAACGUGACAGUCAUGACUUAGCUGCAAAUCAAGUUGAUUGACACAUGCCACAUCUUUUACAGUCAAGGAUUCAAGACUGAGAAAGUUGAAAAUCUAAAAAUGUACCAGAUGACAGUCUUCACAUCAGUAAAAACUCAUACAGUGACACUUAAUCGUUUGCAGAAAUGUCAGUUUCAGUGGUUGAACCUCCUUUUUUCUGUCGUCAUUCCCCCAUCAGCUACUUCAUUAAAUAAACUCCUGUAAUUCAACUAACAGUGAUCUAGUUUACUGAGGUUCUCUAAUCUGCACAGCUUCGCUCUGGGUUCACUUGAGAGUUCAUUAUUGAUCUCUUGAAAUUCUUCUCAUGGAGCCUGUUUGCUGCAGCUAACCCUGAUGAAUUCUCAGUGUUAAGCAAUGCUGUUUCUGAAUUCCUGUGUUUUGAUUUUCUCUUUUGUUUUUCUGUCGAGUGGUUUGCAGUAUUUUAAGCUCAAAUUGUUACACUUUCUUUCGAUGUCUUUUAUCUUCUCUAUAAAGAGCAUAUUUCCAUACAUAAUGCAGAUGCUACGGCUGCGAAAGUAUAAAGGCCCCUAGCAAAGAGACCAAAGCUGAAGCUCAGAUGAUGUCAGAAUUUGAAAUGAAGUCGAAUCUGCCUCGCUGGCAUUUUUCCAUGUUUGUUGGAUAUGUGAGCGCACACUGACACACACGAGGAGGAUCAAGCUUUGGGGUGUCAGUAGGGGUUUGUAGGUAGAGUUAGCAUCCUACAGCCUCUUCUGACCGAGAGUAGAUGCUGAUGUGAGACAUAAAUGCAUAGAAAUACGGCACAUGUACAGACUCUGUGAAGACUUAGAAAUUAGGUCAACAUGAGCUCAGCUUUCUGGCUCAGCAGAUGUCAUCAUUUCCAGGGAAAACAGACUCAUGUUAUGGAUUUACAGUAAACGCUAUCAUUCAGACUCUUUGCAAAGAUAUAGAUUGUAGAUAUUAGUUCCCAAAACAUUUAGUAUGGUCUGAUUUGAGUAUUGUAUUAUCAUAGAUUUAAAAAGGUAUGUUCUAUUCAAAAUCCACCAAAGUUAAAAACAAGAGAAACAUGAGAUAAGUCCCCAUGUUCCAGGUCUGGUAAAAGACUUUGGCUGUGUCCGAAAUGGAUCCCUAAGCCCUAUGUAGGUGACUAUAUGGGGGUUAGCGCCAUUUUGAAGGGUGUCCGAAACCUGAGAGAUUAAUUCCAAUGCACCAAUAGGCGACUCAAAAUUUCCCAUAGAGCAUUGCAAAAUGUACUGACCAUCUGAUGGUCACUCACUGGUGGUGGGCACCCCGUCACGCAUUGAGUCUCCAGCGGCCUCAUGACGAGAGCAAGAAGAGACAGAACCAAGCUCUAGUUGCUGCGUCAUAUAGUCUCGUGCACAAUAUGACGCAGCAAACAAUAUUUGGUAUGAAAAUAAAAAGCCUUUUAAAUAAAUUAUUAUAUAUAUUUUAAUUUUUUUAUUUUUUUUAAUUUCACGAACAUCCUGGAAAAAAAAAUACAUCUAUACAACAUCAUAAAAUUCAAGAGAUGUGAAAAAAAAACAGCUGCAACUUCAGACGCGGCAGUCUGAGUAGCAACAUCACAACGGUGCGCCAUGUAGUGUCCGAAACCUCCAGUGAUUGAGUUCACUACAUAGUCAGCUAUAUAGUGAAACCCCAUAUGGAGGGUUAGGGGUUAGGGAUUAAGUAAUUCAUUUCUGACACAGCCUUUAUCUCGAUCACUUUGAAUCUAUAGAGGUCACAUGAGCUUGCUCAAGCCGGGUUUGGAUCCUUCUUGUUUCUUUUUUCUUCAGUAUAAAUGCUCCAGCGAUGGGAAUUCAGGCUUUUUAAGUGAUCCAGACCAGUUUCCCCAUCAAAAACUGCUCUUUUUGGCUCCUGUACGACUCUCUAUAGUAUCAUUUAUGAACAAGAGCUGUCUUUUACAGUAGCUGACACAUUAAAAGGCUCCCCAGCUCAGUUUAGAUACUGUCUGCUGCCACAGUGCAGCAGUCUUGCAAAGUCAGCUGACCCAAACAUGGCGACAUUAAAGAAAACUAAUCAAAUUAUUGCUGUACAUAUCCUCUUGUGAUGUCAAGCAAAAAUGAACUUAGAAAAAUUGCAUGUUUAAUUUGUACAUGGGGAAUUAUGUAGUCAUGUCAUCUCAUGUGUGUUGAAGAGUUUAAAUGCUUAUGUGCUUCUGCGUGUUUAGAUUCGCUGGCUCCCACCUGCAGAUGGAACUCCUCAGGGAUGGAAGUCCAGGCAGUUCUGCUGAAGUAUGUGUGAGUAACAUACACACACCAUACAUAUAUAUAUUAUAAAUAUAGUUACACGCACACACACACAGAGCCCCCUGCCCUGCACUGUCAAAGAAGUGUACAUUAUGCAGUGCUAGGAAAAUACUUAAGCAAAUGUUAUGUUUAGUUUAUGUAAACGAACACAGUGAUACUCCUACUCGUAUUGUAUGUCAUGAGUAUUACAGGCUGUCAUGAUGAAUGGCCUGUGCAUCAACCAAGCCCCCUCUUUCUGCCCCCAAACCUUCACAUGAAAAGCAACCACUGAGUGCUCUGCCAGCUAACCAACUAAUUAGUUACACUUCUCCUAGUCGACUUCAAAUGUAGAGGUAUAACAGCAAACAAAAAUAAUUACCCUACGAGGAGCAAAUAUUGGAGUGCAAAGCCUUGUGGGUCAAUGAAACCACAGCCGCCCCUUAGACAUCAUCACGAGAGAUGAAAGAUGCAAUUUUUAAGGGGGAACUCCAUUACUUUCCCCACUCAGGUCACAGUGUACAGAGGGUUGACUUCUCCCAUUGAUGUGAUGCUUGAUCUCAGGCAUCAAAGGCAGCGAGUCAAACAGAAUACACAACGAGCUCCAACACCAACAUUUUAAUAAAACGGACAGGGUUGAUCUCAGCAAAUACGACUAAUAUGCUAAUGCUAGCUGCUUAUAUUAAAGCAAGAGGUGAAAGUCACACAGUUUGAAUUUAGGCUACCAUGCUUGUAAUGCUUAGUGAUAUUCCCAUGUAUGCAACUUUUUUUUUUUUCUAUCAUGUUUCACAACUCAGGAGAAAAAAUACAACUUCUUGCGUCACCACUUUUAUUCGACAUUAUUAAUUUUUGAAGUUUUGGUUCUGCAAUUUCUGUAUUUUUGGCUUUUUGAUGCUUCAGUCAAACCUCAACUAUUCGGUUUUUCAUUUAAUGGUCAGCACGGCAAAGUGUUGACACCCGGGGUGAUAUAAUGUUAGAACUGGCCAAUUCUUCAAAGGCAUGUGGGUAAUUAACACCAACAAAAUAUUGCAUUUUUUCAUCAUGCUGACCAGGUACACUUGAUUUGUCUGUUUUGCUAAACUAAGUUGCACACAAUAUCUUAAAAAUACUUAAAGGGAUAUUCCGGCGUAAAAUUAAGUUAGGAUCAAACACACCGUAAAGCCCAGUUAGACGACAAAUGAAUGUUGCCGACUACUUGCUUCUCUAGUUAUACCAACUUUAGUAACGACCGCAAGAUAGCAAUACACAGUGGAAGAACAUUUAUGAUCAUUACUUUAUCAUUUCCUUGAAGUAAAAAUCACCAUAUGAAUCAUUUUGCACUGCAGACGCUGUAGUUCUUCUGCCUUAGCAUCUCAGUCUGAUUGCAUUUCCAUGAAGUAAUUAUCAUAAAUGUUCUUCCUUGAGCUGCGUCACCCCGCUUUAGUCCAUAAUGGACUGGCCCGAGGUUUCCGUACAAACAAGCGGCUGCUGGAAGAGAGUAGGUGAGUUGUGUUUAGUCUCUUUGCUAAAGGAAUUAGGCAAAGUCAAAAAGAUGUUUGGUGGCUAGUACUAUGGCUGGGACCCUAUCUGUACUGUUGAUGAAGUUAGGUGCUGUUCUGAGCAUUAUUUGUGGCUAUAGAGUGGCGUUUUGGUCGAGCACGUGGCUCCUGGGACCACUGUGUAUUGCUAUCUUGUGGGCGUUACUAAAGUUGCUAUACGCCGGAAUAUCCCUUUAAGAAAGGGGUCAAUGAAUGAAACAGUAAAACUGCAUUCAGAAAAACAACAUAGUUUUGGAAACAGAAGCACAGAAUCAGUUGAAAUCUCUCUCGACUUGUUCUCAUUCAUUGUUGAUGUUAUUUGUGCAGCUCAAAUUAUGACUCUCAAACCACUGACAGUGAUUUUGUUUGACAAUUUCCUGACAAAUUUUUACAUGCAAAUGGUUAUUCAUUAACAUGAACAUGAGCUGUAUUUAGCAGAGGACUAGAGCGGUUCUUAUUGGCUCCACAGAACAGCCUUUAAUGUGCAUGUUUGUGUGUAAAAGUUAAUAAGCUCAUGCUCUUCCUCAUAAAAACAUUGAAUAUUAUCCUGUAAUAAUGUUGCUACUAUGCUGCCGAUAUUAGGGAAUAUUUGUCAUUUUGUCAAACUCUGGCAGAAUGAAACACAGUUUUUAAUUUUAAAAAACGCUUUCUGCAUUUUCCUGUUGUAACGAAGCACACAGUGGAGGAUUGUAAAGAAGACUAGGCAGAAAAAGAAAGAGAGAAAGAUAGAGAGAGAGAGGGAGGAUGUGAUUCUUUAAAAGGUCGUGAAUGUGGAACAUCCACCAUGAACUGCUGAGGUACCUGGAUUCUGCCAUGAGGGCAAAUUUUUAUGAAUCUUUAUUAAAAAAUGAUUAGCACGGGGCUUUGUUUGAAAUGAAUUGCAGAUGAAUUAGUUUAUGUGCAGACAGUACAUGGAGCAGCUGGUUUCAAAUAAGUCUUUCGAUAAAUUCAUGAGUUGCUUCAACCGAGCAUGAGCUUCACAGUGCAUGUGCUUCGCCUUUGGUUUAGACAAACUAAACAGUGUUGUGCUUGCAGAAAAACAAAACCACAAAGCACAACAAAUCCUCUGCUAUUUCUUGUAUCGGUGUUGGCAGACUGUGUCUGGGGUGCGUUUUUGUGCAUGUGAGUGUGUGUGCGUGCGUGUGUUUGCACUCGGCGCCAGUCACUCUGUCACCAGUACCCACCCUCCAACAUCUUAGGACAGGAAGAAACAUGUCCUCUCGACCCCUUGGGGAGCUGGUGGGGAGAGGGCGGGUGGUGAUGUUAGCAUUGAGGCUAACAUUCAUCAGGCUGUUGAUUGGCGCUGGUCCUUCAGUGUCCCUUUGUAACCCCACAUCCUGGUUUGGGGAGAGUGAAACAUGCAGCACGACAAAAAAAAAGAAAAAAGAAGUUGGAGUAAUUUGGGGGAUUUCAUCUCUGCUGGGGAGGGAGGGAAAGGAGACGGGGAUUAGGGAAAGGAGGGGCUUGAAGGAAAUAAUUAUUUCUCUAUCAGACCAGGAGGAAGUCAUUUAAAGGGUCAGGCUGCCCCAGUGGACAUUAGCCUUUCAAUGAAACAACAACACCCCCACAUCCGGUUUAGAGUGGAGGGUGAAGCAGAGACCUUCAGUCAGAAAACAGUGAGAAUAAAAAUCCACUGCAGCAGUUUGACACAGCGAGGUCCUCAACAGACUAAAAUUAAUGUGAGUAAUGAGGCCCAACCCAUGCUGGGAUCUUACACAAUACAUUUGUAAUGAAAAUAUACAACAUGCAUGGCUUUGUUAAGAACAGUUGACAUAACAGUGAAGACAUUUCCCAAAACACCUGGUUGUGAAACUGAUAAAACUGAUAUUAAAAAGAAACAAUGUCAAGUUCAGAUGUUCAGAUUCACGUGUUUCAACAGCACCUGAAAGUCCCUUACAGAUGCUUUAAACAUUAGAUGUCCUGUCUUGUGACAAACAUUAAUGUAAAUGAUUUUUUUUCUCCAGUGCUAAAUGCAGUGAACUGUCAGAGUUGAGUUGAGUUAACCUCCCUGCUCAGUUUGUCCCUGACAUCUUGCAGCUGUACCAAAACCUUGUGUUCUCCUGGUCCUGCUUGUUUAUCCAGUGGAUACAGUUUGAAGUUGGAAACACAGUGACUUAAUGUCUUGAUGCAAGCUGAAAGGAGGGUGUUACUUAUUCCUGCAACGCAAUCUGUUGAGCUUGUGAAACACUUUGAAGCAAUUUUAGCAGCAAGACUGCAAGAAUAAACACGAUCUGAGGUUACGGAGAGAGGCCGUCUGUGUUGCACUGGUAUUGUACAAUCUGUCUGCCGGUGACGGGAUGGCAUGCAGGUUUCAUUUUGAGUGCUUUAUUUAUACAAGUGCCACUUCAUGCAAGUUGAAACAGGUAGCUGUUCUAUUUUGACUCUUUAAGACACAUAACUCUGUAGUUUUUAGCUUUUGUAGUCCCUUUGGGAGCUGAGGUUACUUCUUUGAAUUGGUGAAUUAUAUUUGACAUUCAUGCUCGGGCACAGAGCUCCAUCCAAAGACAACCUAAUAGUGGACGUUAAUGCCUAGUGAACUGGAUGGAGAGGUAAUCCGGAUUUUCCAUCUGACAAGACAUGGCAGGGGACUGCAGUGUGCGUGUCAUGCUUGUGUGUGCGAGACAUAUGUGUGCGUGUGUGUGACUGCCUGCCCUGAGGAGUUUUUUUGGCCAAUAGCCCGACAAAACCAAUGGUUCCUGUGCAGCGUUGGACUAACUCCCACAGGAGAGCUGAGGGCCAGCUGGGGCCCUUUCUAAUAAGGAAGUGGUACUUUUUUUUCCCCCUUUACCCCCUACUGACACAUAACACACACACUCACACUCAAAACACAUACAGUGUGGCUGUCUCAUCCGUGCACCGGGUCUCAGGAGCUGGAUACAUGUCAGCAGCUGUGUUCAUCACCACCCAGCUCCAGCAGCCCUGGCUGGUAUGUGAGAAACACAGCCGGGGCCUAAAGGCUUUUCUCCAGAUUAAAGGGGCUUCAGACAGGCUGCUUUUUCAUGGCCAGGCUGCACAGGUAGAAAUCUUCAAGGGCUGUGCAGGUUGGCUUGCAAGUUUAAGCUCCAGGUUUACAAAUUGAGGAUAUUUAACAUUGUUAACAUUGUUCUACGUAGGAUGUACAGCUUCACAUCCUUGAUGCAUUCCUCAAAGAGUUUGAGAGGAUGAUUGGUUAACAUUAUCGUCUUUUUGACAUUAAACUCAGACGGAAGACAGAUUACACCACUUAGAUGUGUUUCAUGUUUUAUGAUAGAUGAGUCUGCAUUUCAUUUCGCAGCCUUGGAUUGGUUGCAUGGCAGUUUAAGUGCAGCUUGAUUUAAUUUAGACCUGCCGCUGUAUCUGUAUUGCUCUACCUUGCAUUGCUAAUGAGAUUUUGAGCACAUCACCGUGGAGACAUGAUUUCUUAAAUUCAUACCAAAAAUCUAAGUCCAUAGAAUUAAAAUGUCAGAAAAUAAGUGUUGUUAAAGGAAAAACAUAUCAGCAGACAAAUAUGUACGUGGAUCAAAAUAUCAGCGUAACAAUCAGCUAUAUUGUUGUCCAGCAUUGUGACAUACGACUAAAAAAAUCAAUACAGAACUCUAAACAGGUUGGUCUUUAGUUUGACUCACAAGAUCCUUACUGCCUCACUCCUGGUGCCAAAAAUACUUGUUUGUAUCAUCAUGGCUUGAUAGUCUCUGCAUUUUAUCAGUUGUUAUGAAACACUGUAUCGCCAACAGUGUAACAGGAAUUGAAUCGUAAUGUAUCUGCCAUAACGUAUCGUAUCGUAUCAUAUCAUAUUGUAUUGUAUCGUAUUGAAGGGGGUGGGGUUGUAUCUCAUUGUAUUGUAUUGUAUCUUAUUGUAGUGUACCAUAACGAAACAUAUUGCAUUUAACCAUAUCCUAUCAUAUCACAUUGUAUCUUAUAAUAAUAUUAGAGUAUAAUAUUGUAUCUAAUUGAAUGCUAUCGUAGCAUAUCUAGGCUAAUUAGUGUCACGUCAUUGUAUUGUAUCAUAUCAUAUCAUAAUUAACAGUAUCUUAGUGUUUUUAUCAAAUGGAAUGGUGCAGUAUCAUUUCACAUCAUAUUUUUAUAUAUCUUAUUCUAUUGUAUCGUGUCGUACUGUAUGAAAAGGUACCUUAGCGAUAUCAAAUGGUUUUGUAUCGUAUCGUAUCAUAUCAUAUCAUAUAUCUUAUCUUAUCUUAUCUUAUCUUAUCUUAUCUUAUGUGACUGUACAGUAUUGAAUCCUAUCAUUUCCUCUGGUAUUGUCUUGUGUUAUAUCAUAUUGUGCCUGAUAGACCUGAAUGGUGUUGUGUCGUUUCAUAUCAUAUUGUGUUUUAAGGCAUCAUAUUGUCUUGCAUCACACUAUGAGUCACCCUGUGUUUCCCACCUCUAAUAUGCAUAUUUUUGCUGUAGUUGUUGAUAUAAUUAGCUUCAGCCUGCAUCAGUGCAGGACUGAAACAUGGAAAUUCUUCAUUUCAGUGUAACUUACUGUAUUUUCCAGGAUUGUAGUCAAUCAUUAUCAUAGGCAGGUAUUUUUUUCCAGUUGAGUAACUGAUUAAUUAACAAUCCCCUUUACUCCAAAUCUAAUUACUGGCUGUGGUUGAGAAGAACAAGCACUGAUUUGAUGUUGGAUACUUUGUCUUAUAAGACAACUCAAGAGUUAAAAUGAAAAUUGAAGAUGCUUUGAUGGUGGAAAAAUACAAUGAGCUCCCCUCAGGGUGGUUACAUAGCUUUUAAAAGGGAACAGUUGAGGCUAGAGCAAAGCACCAUCACAUUUUGAGGUUUAAAUAUGAACAAGACUCCUCUCUCUUUAUUUGCAGCACGAGAUCAAUGAUCACUGAUAACACACACAGGAACAUUCUCUGCAUGGAAAUAAAGCCAGGAAACAGUGCACACAUUCAUGAGAAAGCCAGUCAGCUCCCACAUUCUCAAACACCACUUGUUUACCUAUCUCACAUCAUGCGCCCAGCCUGCGUUAUUGGCUGUAACACAUUAAGCCUGCAGAUCACUAAACCUUCUCCUAAUCCGCAGAGACAUGUUCAAUGAUCAACCCAGUCUUUAACCUUGGUGUCUCAGCCAGAACAAAUAGGAAGGUCUGGAAGUAUGCGUCGCAUCAGCUUAGCCAAGCGGCUGAGUAUUGCAUCGAUUCCCUCACCCCUGAUUGAGCGCGCAACAGGGCAUUAGCUAGGCCAGCCGUGCCCCUUCAGAAAAAAAACCCCUGCUUUUUAAACCUGUCUCCCAUCCAUGUUUGUAACAGUCCCUCUCUCUCUUCCUCUUCCUUAAGGUCAUGUUUGGUUUUCUAAUUGUUUAUUGUUACAAAGAGCUCCUUAUCCCGCUUCUGCCCCUUCGAACCAGAGUUACCACGACCUCGAAGAGAGGUCUAUUUUUGGUAAUACAUCUGGGUUUGGGUGAGGAGGUCGGAGUGCUGACCUCUCUCUUAGGUCCUCUGUUGCUGCUGUUGGUCAGAGGAUAAUGGAGCCAGAGUUGGGAGGGGAUCAUGGGAGAUAUGGUUGUGAGAGAAGUAUUUGAGUCUGUUAUGGGCCGAAAUCCUGUCUGUCACGGUCACCAUUCGGUAGAGAUGAAAAAGAAGAUGAUGGCAAAAUCGAUGAAUUUUAAAGGGUAUGCUUAUGACCCGGGAAAAAACAGUUUGAUGUGGUCUUUUCAGCUCUAAUGGCGUUACAAAAAAAAAAAACUUUUUAGAAAUCAUAUGACCUGAGUCUGGAGAAGACUAUUGUUUUAACAGCAUGCUAAUUUUCGCAUUGCAAUUGUACAUUGAAAAAUAUAACUUCUAAGUAAAAAUAAACUACAUUUUGAGUAAAUAAACAUACAGAUUGUAACAUCAAACUACAAUCCUGUGUUACAUAAAUACAGUUUAAGUGCUUAUAAACAACCAUUGACAGUAUUAUACGGACCUUGCGGCAGUGAUGUCACUCACAAGUUGUUGAAGAGAUGCCGGCCGCCAUGUUGAAAAUCAACAAACUUUUUGACGAAUCUAGAAGUUUGCAAAGAAGCGGAUCUGGUUACUAACUACAACGCACCCACGUAUCAGUCAAAUCGACCCGACCUCUGUCGAUGUAAACCCACUUAUACUAAUUGUCCUCAACUUUGGAGCCAGCCUCUAGUGGACACUCGAAGAACUGCAGGUAAAAGCUUUAAAUUGCUUCACCUGGGUUGGUGCAUUUCUAAAUCCGUGGUUCACGCUUUAAAAACCUCACUCAGAUCAGAUCUAUACACAGCUUUGCUUUACCAUCACUUUAAUAUACACUCUUCAAGUCACAUGGUGCAGUCAGGUUUAAGUGCAGGUGAUGGGGAUUUGGCUAAUGGUGCAUCAUGGUUUUAAAACUCUAUUUUAAUACUGCAAAGAUCCCUCAAGUCGCUUAUUUAUUGGAGUCAGAUGGCACACAAAAAACACUAUACAGAGUCAUAAACUGAGGUCAUUAUAAUGAAUGAGCACAUUAAACUUUAUAUCUCCACCAGCAGUUCUUGCUGCUGUGUUAACACGCUCUCUUCUAAACCUACAUGUGCUCUGUGUCCACAGGUUCCUGAUGUGUGAUGGUGGCCGUGGCCGGCUGUGACGGGCGUUUGCUGAUUGCCUCUCAUGUCCAAUUAGAAACCAGGAGGACGGAGCUGACUCCAGGUCUCGGAGCAGCGUACCGUCGGUGAGUUUUACGACUUGGGAUUUCACGAGCAUUGAUCCCAACAGGCGAGGACAAAAGGUGUAAAUCUCACCUCUCUACCUGAGGCGCCCCUUUCCCUUCCGGCAAAAUAUCUGGUAUUACAGCAUAGAUUUGUGGAAAAAGCUGUGAAAGCCGAGUUCUUUUUUAUGUCUGAGCCUGUAUUUUGCUGCUGGGAUGACUGAGCCGCACUGAGCCACACUGUCAGCCUUUACCUGUGUGUGUGUCUCUCAGCUUUUUGCUCAACAGAGAGAGUUUUGAAAACAAACCUGGUACAAGAUAUUUGUGGGAUAAAAGUGUGUGUGGUCCUGGCAUCACUUGGAGAAAUUGAGAAAUGCGUGUGUGUACAUCUGUGUGUGCGAGCGUCUACCUUUUAUGAUCCUUGCGGUUGUGUGACUGUUUGUUUGUGCAUAAGUUCCACAUGCUCCCCUGUGUUUUCAUUAGUGUACAAGGUUUGUGUGCGGUGACCAUGGCAACCUCACCCCGUUCUUUCCCUCUUUCUCUCUCACUCUCUCGCAGGCAACAGCAGCCUCAUGGGCCUCAGGACAUUCUAGACCCCAGCCUCCAUCACACAUCGAGCACCCCCCACCCUCCCUGAAAAGUCCCGCCCCCAACUCUUUUUUAUACUGUUACAUACUCAAGAUUGACUGGCAGCGCUUUGGCCACGCCUCUUCUGAAACCUUAAAGGUACCACGACUAAGGCAAGCACACCCUCUGUGACUGCAUCGCCUGGUUAGCAGGCCUCUUGCUGUGCUUUGUGUAUAUGCAGGUGUAUCGACAAUUUAUGCAGGAACUUUGCAAGGCCAGACGUCUGGAAGUGUCACCAAAGCGCUGCCAGGUUAUGUUAUUAUAUGACUAUAAUUAUUACUAUUCUGUAUAUCAUUCAUAUUAAUGUUAUUAUGAUUAUUAAAUACAUGUUGAAGCAUGACUUUGCAAAAAAAAGACGAAAAAAAAACAAUGCUGUACAUUUUUAGAUAUUUUAAAGAAAUACAAAAAAGUAUUUUUGUAAUCAAGACGAUGUUUGAAACGUUUGAUUGGUUCAUGUUGUGUGAGAAGUUUUCAUGUGUUAUUUUUCUUUCUUUUCUCGUGCCAUGUUAGAUGCUAAGUCGCCCUGCUAUACCAAAGCAGCCCUGUCGGAUUGCUCUUGUCCUUUUCUGCAUACCGUGUGUCUUUGUGUGGUGUCUUUACCCGAGGAAACCGACAUACUAGUCCUUUUUUUAGGAUUUGCAGCCUGAUCCGACUCCUGUUUGCAGUUAAUCAAAUGUGUAUAAAAAAAAAAAUAAGAGGUGUCGAUGAGAAUAAGCCAUCACCGGUGAAGGUAGAGUGACCCUGAAGACUGCAACACACGGCUAACUGAGCCCUGCUAAAAUAAGGAACCUGCUUCUUCAUUGUUCAGCAGGAGGACAGCAGCAGCAGCACAGUAUAGAGAAACAAAAGACCAAAGGCAUUUUAUUUUUUACACUGGAGAGCUAUCUGGGCUAGUGGAAUUAUUCUGUUUCUGACUGCUUUGUACUGCUCAAUCUGAUUUCUUAUGAAGUAUGACAUUAUUUUUGCUGCACGUCUCUUUUGGUGUCACUCCAAAGAGCCACUCUGCAUCUGAAAGGAUAGUCACUUAAAGCAAUUUGUCUCUUUUGUCUAUUUUUAGGGAGCCAACCUGCUUCUUUUUUUUUUCUUUUCUUUUUUUUUUGAGAAAAUUUCAAUUUGCAUAACAAUGAUUGGAGUGUUAAAAAAAAAAUCAUCUUUUGUAAUCUCGCCUCCUCUGGGCCUGCAAUAACGUCUUUGCUGUUUGAUAUAUCAGCGAGUGAUCAUAUUUCUGUGACAUUUUGACGCCAAAUUUCUCAUUCAUGUCGCACUCUUCCAGAAACAAACAGCGAUUCUUGUUCUAUUCUGACGAGGCUAAGUCACAUUUCACAGUGAUGUGACAAUCAAACACCUGAAAAAAACAAUCUUUCCUGUAAUCUCUGGCCCAGGUGUGUACAAUCAUAUUGGAGUGGUUGAAUCGUAUAGUCAGUGUUUGUAAUGAAUAAUAAUAAUAAUGAUAAUAUGCACAUACUAUCGACUGAUUUUCUGAAGCAGGUUUUGCUUCUACAGACAUUUUUUAAAGCCGAGUAUGGCACCAAAUUUAUUAGAACAAGUAUUUAUAAGGUGUGUGUGCGUGUGUGUGUUUUUAUGGGUUUUUAAAGUUAAUAGAGGAUGCCCAUUAUAUAAUUCAUUGUAAGUAUUAAUGUAAGUUUUAUUGUAUAUUCAUUUGGUAAUUUUCUAGAGCUCCUCUGUGUGUUUGUAUCUGAUAUAUAAAUGCUGUUUUACCUACAUAACUCACUGUGAAAUCCAGAGAAAAACACGCUCUUUGAACGAAUGGAUCUUUCUGUGUGUUGCCAGCAGUACGGUACAGAAGUUUCUGGAAAUGACUCCAAUGAUCCCCUCCCUUUUUGUCAAGGAGAACUUUUUCUUUCUAGUUUAGUAUACCAUGUGCGUACCUGUGUGUUCUGUGCAUGUUCACAGCAUGUGUGUGUUCUUUUUCUUUUUUUCUUAAUGCAUAGUACUGUUGAUAUUUAUGUACUUUAACCGCUGUGAGGAGAAACUGUAUUUCAGUGAAUUGCAGAGGUUUGUUUGUUUGAAACCAAAAAAAAGAAAAGAAAAAGAAAGGUGAUCACAAUGAGAAGUUUUUAUGAAAAUGUUCAAUGAAGACAUUUCAGGCCAUCUGCCAUUAAAGAUUGACAUAAUCCCUGCUGUCA